AUGAGGCACCCAAUCACUGAUACGGAACAAAGUGGAAAGGAGAUAGAGGCCACGAUCGACGGUACUAGUUUUCUGGACCUUAUAAUGGAGAGUCUGGAGUUUGACAACUCUUCUCUUCCUCCCGAUGACACCCCUGCGGGGGAAGCGGCUGUCCCGCAGCAGCCUCAGACAGAAUACAACAUGCCCCAGGGAGCGGCCUGGUUCAGCCUGCAGCAGCCCGCCCUGCCCGCACCUGCAGCCGCUCCCCCCGUGUACCAGCCACCUGCUGCCCCGCAGCCGAACUACUUCCAGAUGUUCAGCCAGGCGGCGCCUUUCAGCCACAGCCAGGUGAACAACGUGCAAUAUAUGACUCUCCCUCAGGGCCAGGGGACCAACCUGACUCCUCUCGGAAUCAUAAAUGGACAGGUGGUUUAUGGGCUUCCGACCUAUACAGCUCCUCCUGUCACUUCUGAUGUCCCUGUGGUUCAGGCCAACAGUCGGAAGAGAAAGUUUUUCAAAAAGACAAAGGAUGAGAGCAAGCCGUAUGUCAAGAAGCCCCCAAAUGCUUUUAUGAUAUACCGCAUGGAACAGAGGCCAAACGUUGUGGCAGAGCUCCAAAACACAGAUUGUGCGGCAGUCAACAGACUCAUCGGAAAAAGAUGGAGGUCGAUGACCCAAGAGGAGCAGAAAAAAUACUAUGAAUCUGCACAGUGGGAGAAGCAGCUCCACUCUCAGCUCUUCCCUGAGUGGUCAGCCGGUGACAAUUACGGCCAAAAGAAGAAGAGGAUAAGGAGGAAGGGUCCAGCUGUGAUUUAG